GUCCCAUCAACAAAAACCCUUCAUCGACAUGGCUAAUUAUUCCUUCAUACCCUUCUUCCUUCCCUUGCUAUUCGUACUGAUCGCUACCACGGGAGUAGUACACGAAAACGUCGUUGUUAAAGGCGAUCCAGACCUGACUCUCAUCUCGGCUUACUGCGGAUGGGACCAUGAUGCCAGCGUUUUGAAGAAGGUUCAAGCCAGAAGAGCCACAGAUAGAGCCAUCAACAUGACACGGCCCGCCGGCCCAGACUGCACCGAGACCGAAGAGAAGCCCAUCAUUUAUGCUUGGGCCAACUGUUUGGGCUCCGUCUCUCGGGAGGACUGCAAGGCCUGUCUUGUCUACGCCCAGGACCAGUUGCUGAACUAUAACAUAUGCCACGAUCAAUACGGCGCCCAGAUCAGUCUUGUGAGUUGUGCGAUGAGGUAUGAGACGUCUCCAAUGGCAGAGUGUCAACAAUCCUCUACCUUCUCAUCGGAAAAAGGGGGACAUUGAUGAAACGGGAACUAAUCAAGGUUAUGUGUUGUGCGGUUUUGUUGUGUUGAGCAAUGAUGGUGUGUGUUCGAUCGGUCCUCUAAUCGUUGUGGUUUCAUAGCAUCCAUUGUCAUAUAUGAAUUUUCGUGUCGUUGUUAUUUAGUAGCUGUACUUUUGAAGUUGUGGUUGUAGUUUAACCUUUUUCACCUCGGUUAAGUUAAACAAAGAGCAUUUCGUUCA